GUUCGGCAGUACCAAGAUUUAUGGGGAUGACUUUCGGCACUUUAUACAUGGUGGUCCUAAUCCCUCAUAUAGUAAUUUACAUUUGCAUAUUCACGGUAGUAAUACGUCAACAGAAGAAAAUGAACAUAACCAAUGAAAAUGGGUCAUCAAACUCUGGCCAGAACAUUCCAAAAAGUAGUCUGAAUCUCGUAAAAACGGCUUUAAUUGUUAUCGGAUUGUUCCAAAUUUGUUGGACCCCUUUUGUAGUUUAUCUUACCAUUCUACAAUUUGAUUUGAUAGAUGCCAGAGAACGCACAGUUGGCAUCGGUAUGUUUGUAGCAUACGUUAUAGCUAUCAUCAACUCGGGUAUGAAUCCAAUAGUUUAUGCAGUGAGAUCGACCGCCUUCAGAACAGGAAUGAGAAAGGUUCUGAAACUGAAGCCAAAUGAAGUUGAAAAUGUGUCACAUUCAUGAGACAAUUUAAUACAAGAUCGGAGAAAUAUGCAGGUCACUAUUUAUACAACACUAAUGAAUUCCAUUUACUUCAGUGAGUUUAUCAAACCUAAAAUCCUGCCGACUGUGAAAACAAAAUAGAAUUUGGUUAUGGAAUGAGAAAAAUUGGACAUAAAUACACAUUUUCAUAAAUACACAGCCCUCCAUAAGUUUGGUAUUCGAAAGUUCCCUUCUUGUUCAUUAAAAGUCUGUUAAUAUUUGGUGAUUAAAAUAUUUCGAACUUUUGUAAAUAAGGUAUGAAAAACGAUUACAACAUUAUAGGCUUUUAAAACGAUGAUAAAUUAAGACUUCAAAUUCCAAUCGUAUGGAGAUGAGUAUGUGCGUUCAUUUUUUAAAUUUAUGUAUUCCGAUCAUAUUUGAAUAUUGAUAUCCACUUUCAUCUUAUUAGCUUCAAGUUUCAAUCAUCUAGAAGGCUGUUAUCUAGAGAAACAUAUAUAUAUAUAUAUAUAUAU